AACUGACGUCAUUUUAUUAUGACGUUAUGAUGAUAUUACUAUGGGAACAUGUGGAUAAGUAAAGUGAUCAUGUAUGACUGACGAGAGAUGGAAGUUAUCAAAAUUCCACAGUUCAGCUUCUGGCACGAGGAGAAUGAAAUAUACAAACACUUGAGCUUGUUUAUUUAUUUAGCAUACAAGCUAAAGCACGCACAUUGUACAAAUGGGAAACACCAGGGACCUGUCACUAUACUCAAAGAAAUGUCUAUAACGAAAGAUAUACCAAACAAAGAAAUCGCGACGCUGUAUGACUGUUUAAAGUAUGCAGCGUUUGCAUACAAGCAGCCAGAACACAGGUUUCUGAAGGAACUAAGUCCGAACAUUUUAUUUUCCACAGGAGACUUAACAAGAAUGGAAAAACAAAGAUCCGAUAUAAAGCGGUUAACAAAACAACACACUGAACUAAUGGUUAGUUUAAUGGACUGCCAAGAGAGAUGUUGGAAGUCACGUGAUAAAAUGAAACAGUAUGUGAGCAUGUUAGAAUGCGCUCAAAUGUCACUACCAUACCAUACUGAUGACGAACGCAAUUAUAAUGCUAGAAAAUAUGCUAUAAAGGAGUUGAAGAAAGACGUUAUUUCUAGACAAAAAGUCCACUCCAAAAAUGUUGGUGACUAUCAUACUGUACUAACACAGGAGCAGGAAACCAGGCAAGAGAUGACAGAGAUCGCAAACAAACUUGAGCACAAUAUGUUGCGGCGGAUGCGGGAACGUAUAUUGCAGUCAUGGACAGCACUCUGCUCUGCCAGUGACCCGACCAAGUUUAGCUACAUAUUGGACCCGGAUCAUAUAAGCAAGUCACUUUACGAUACCACAUGCAAGACAUAUAUAUUGAUAACACCAGCUAAUGAUAUAUCUAGUUCUGAUUUCAACGUGAAAAUUCAGCGACCACGCCUACAGGACUCCAUGUAUUCCUACAACGAUGUUACAUACAGUACAUAUGGCGGUAAGUUGUCCAUGUAUACCUACAACGAUAUUACAUACAGUACAUAUGGCGACUCGUUUAAUCGAACAACUACUUUGAUAGAAGACGCGGAAGAUGUGCCGGACUAUUUUCUUAAGUUAAAGAAAGGAGACAAAGUAAAACUGAAACUACUAUCACCCGAUGGUAGGGUAGGAUUUGGACACUACAAACAAUCAAAGAUGUCGGUGAAAAAAUGGGGAUUCAUUAACAUGCACAGCGUUUUAACAGACGAAUCUGAAUCUACUUUAAGCAUUCCAAAUUCUUUGUAAUUGUGUGCUUUUCUAUUUUAUAUUUUAGUAACUAUGAAAACGGUAUAAUAAUGACAUUUCAAUAAUUUCAAGCUUGUUGAAUUUAGCGGCGACAAUAUAAAACCUGAUCAGACUAAACUUCCGUACAUUCUUGCUCCAUCCCGUAUUCUGUAAUAAAGUAAAUAACUUCACAAUU